AUGCCUGGGGAGCAGCCCCGCCGAGCACCGCCCCCAACCAUGACUCGAGACCUGCAGCCCUGCCAAAGAGCGGGUGGCACGGGGGGCCCUGCCCAGCCCCCCGGUGAGGACGGUGCCCCAGCCAGCAGGACCGCCAAGGCCACGGGCAGCAGGGCCCAGGCAGUGGAGCCUCCAGAAUCCCAGCCGUGGCAGGCCGGGGAGGUGGAGCCCAAGGCCCCGCUCCUGAGAACCCAGUCCCUGAGCAGCCCCCCGGGGAAGGGAGGCAGCCCCCAGGCCCCACUGGGGAGGAGCCACGCGCAGGCACUCACGCAGCAGGCCAGCAGGGCAGACGGCAGCCCCCAGCAGCUCUAUAAUCUGAACAUCUCCGGCUCGAGGGCCAGACCCACCCUGGACAAGACUCCUGAGCGCCCACAGGGCGAGGACCCCGGGCCCCCAGAGGCGAAGGCCCCACCCACCCCAGAAGAGCUCAGUUUCCAAAGGUGCUUCCAGGAGACCCCCUCCAGCUUUACCUCCACCGACUAUACCUCACCAAAUGCCACCUCUGGGCCCCCACCCCUCAGGGCCCCCCCGGGCAGCAGGCCAGCCUCCUACUCGGGAUUCCAGGCCGGCGGGGCUGACGGCUGGCCUCCCACUGUUGAGAACAGCUUCCCAGGUGCUAGAUUCGAGGUCCCUGCGGCCAAGCCGGAGCCCUUUCCCGAAGGGGACGGCCCCAGGGCGGCCUCCUUCCAGUACCCCUUCCAGGCACUGCAUGGGCCCGGCCCGAAACCGUUCCCCGAGGACACAGUCCCGCCCGAGUACGGGGAGAGAGCGCUGGUAUUUGCCUUCCGCCAGCCCAGGGGAGCAUGGCCAGAGGAAGCAGUGGGCACAGGCACGGCCUACCCCCUGCCCGCCCAGCCCGCUCCCCAACCCCCAGCCUGCUACCCUGGCCGGCCCGGCCUUGACCCCCCCAGUGACCUCGGCUGUGCUCACCCACAACCUGGUGCUGCUCCCCCAGCCCCCAGCCCCUUCUCGGAGAGCACAGCCACCUUUCCGGACACUUUGCACAAGAGCCUGACCAAAGCCCUCCCUGAGAGACCGCCUUCGGCCCACGACGACAGGCUGGGAAGCCCCAGGGCGCCCCCAAACUCUCUGUCACAGAGGCACUUUCCUGGGCAGACCUAUGGCAGUCCUGGGGCCAGUGGAGUGGGGACCAGCCCACGGUCUCUGGACACGGAGCUGGCCACCCCAGGGCCCCUGCCUACCAGACUGCCCCAGCUGUGGGACCCUGCUGCAACCCCUUACCCCACACCUUCCCUGGGCCCCCCAGCCACCACCAGGAACGCCUUCUUUGAAGGCCAGGCCAGCCUAGGCCUGCGCCUUGGCCUCCCCCGGAGCCCCCCACUGCCCUGGCCGCAGGUGCUUCCAGCUACCGGGCCCAGCCCCCACCGCAUGGAGGUGUUGAGCCAGCUGCCUUUCCCCGCAGGGGCCCCCGAGUGGCAGGGGGGCGGCCAGGGAGCCCUGGGUGCUGCCGGCAAGACUCCGGGGCCCGGGGAGAAGGUGGCUGUUCUGAGAAACAGCCCGGGCCGGCACGGUGGCGGAUCCCCGGGCCUGUUUGCCUACAACGGGCUGAAGGACCCCGGAGCCCAGCCCCUGUUCUUUGGGGUGGCCCAAUCCCAGGUCUCACCCCGGGCGACCCCCGGCCUGCCCCCGCCCAGAGUGGUGGGUGCCUCUCCCUGCGAGUCCCCGCUGCCCUCACCUGCCACCAACACAGCCAGCAACAGCUCCUGCUCUUCACUGUCACCACUGUCUGGCAGCCCAGCCAACCCCAGCUCGGAGGAGAGCCAGGCCCCCGGCCCACGCGGGCCCUCCACCUUCUUCCACGGCCCCGCUCGCCCCCCGGAGACCAGCAGCCCCUACCCAUCCCCCGAGCCCCCACACGCCGUCCCCAUGCACUACCAGCCGGAGCCCGCCGGAGCCUUUCCUUUCCCUGCCGCAGAGGGACUGGGGGCCGAGGGCACCUUCAAAUGCCUGGAGGAGGCCCCCUUCGCGGGUUCAGGCCCCGAGGUGGGCAGCGACAGCGGGCUGGAGGGCUUCCCCCGGGAGCCACCCCCCUACCCCGCCCACCACUUCCCCCUGAGCAGCGCCAGCCUGGACCAGCUGGACGUGUUGCUCACCUGCAGGCAGUGCGACCAGAACUACAGCAGUCUGGCCGCCUUCCUGGGUCACCGGCAGUUCUGCCGCGCGCUCCUGGCCAGGGCCAAGGAUGGCCUCCCGCAGCCCCCAGGCCUCCCCGGCCCCCCCGCCACCCCCAAAGCCCCAGCUGGUGGGAACCCCAGCCUGCUCAGCCACCCCAAGACGGGCCCCUUCCUGCUAGGUGGGGACCUCCGGGCUGACAGCAAAGAGGACCCCCUGAGGACCAGCUUCCUGCCCGGCCUGGCCGCAGCCCCCUUCCCCCUCCCCGCCGCGGACCUGGACCCCGAGGACGACGCCAAGCUGGACAGCCUCAUCACCGAGGCGCUCAACGGCCUGGGGUACCAGUCGGACAACCCCGAGAUCGACAGCAGCUUUAUCGACGUCUUCACGGACGAGGAGCCUUCCGGCCCCAGAGGUGCUGGUGCCGGGCAGCCCCCCAAGACCAGGGUGGGGACAAUGCCGGAGAACAAAGCCCAGCCCCCACUCCCGGGCGAGGCCGCCCUGCAGGAACCCCAGGUCCCCCGCCCUGGGAACACAGGCUGCCCGGCCCGCAGCCGGCCCAAAACCCGCUCCCUGGGCCCAGCGCCCACAGAGGCAGACGGGGCUGGCCUGGCCAGCCAGCAGAGGAGAGGGAAGCGGUUUAAGUUGUUGCAAAAAGAUCUGGACACCUCCGGCUCCACCAAGAGCCGGAAGGGCCCCCGAGCCGCUUGCCUGAGGCCAAGGAGGAAAGGCCCCGGGGCUGAGGCCCCCCUGCCCCGCCCCCGGGACCUCAGGACCCCGGCCGCCAGGAGCCUCGCAGCUCCUGCCAGACAGGCCCUCCCGGUGGAGACCAGGAGCUCACAGCGCCUCCGCCUGUCCCCGGGGCAGGACUCCAGGAGGAGGAGGCUGCGCGGCGGCACCUGGAGCAAGGAGCUCAUCCACAAGAUCGUUCAGCAGAAGAACAGGCUCCCAGAGCUCACCUGUGCCUCCGAGUCAGAGGAGGAGGACUGCUCGCGGCCACACCCGCACGGCCCCCACCUCCGAGGCCGACCCCGUCAGGGCUGCCGGCGGUGGCGCGGAGGCAUGAAGCGGAAGGAAGUGGACGUGACCCCGGGCCCCAGGGAGGAUGGGGGGCUGCAGAAACCCAGGAUGGUCGUGAGGCAGGAAGCCACCCAGGUCGGGGGCUCCCCCAGCCCUGAGGAGAGAGCCCCCAAGCAUCUUCUGCAGGUUCCUGCCAGCACCAAGACCCCAGAGGAGAACCGUCUGGCACUAGACUUCCCCAGGGAGACCAAGCACCCCGGAACUGCUAAGGAGCUCCCCCCAGAUGCCACAGAACUCCCCAGAGAGGCUCCGAGCUCUUCCCCAGCCUCCCGUGGAGGGGGGAGCCCCCACCCCCCAGCCCCAGAGCCGCAGGAGCCGGGCAGAGAGGACCCCCGGGUGUCCCACAGAAGUCUGCCAAGCGCUGCCCAGGGCACAGAGCCACCCCCCUCCCGGGACACAGAGGACCCCCCUGCCUACCCACCAGGAGAGCUGCUGGUGCCGGUCGCUCAUGCCGCUGACACCGCCUACCUUGAAUCGGGUGCCCUCUUUUUGAAGACCCCUGAUCUUGGCUGCAGCCCUGCUCUUCUUAACAGAGACCCUGUGGGGGUUCCACUUGCCAAAAAGGGGCCCCAGCCCUACAGCAGCCCCCCUAGCAAAUUGUUCCUCGGACCCAAAGACCUGCCUGGCUGUCUCCAAGAAGACCUCUACUCCAAGCCCUUAGCGCCAGAUGCUCCGCCGGCCGGCAGCACGCACCUGCCCCAGGACGGUGUGGACGCCAGUGCCCUCAAGCCAAAACCACCCAGGAGUCUACCCUACGCCACCCACGGGGGUCCCAGCAAAGCCGAAUCACCGCUGACUUUGGAGUCCACACCACUCUUCCCAGGGCUGCCUGUGGGCAGAUUUGACCCGCCCGCCUACAGCAGCCUGUCUGGAAGCAGAGACACCCACUCCCUGUUGGUGUGCGCAGACCCUCCCCCAAGGAGACCCCAGUUAGAGCUGCCAUACUCCCCGCUUCUGCCCGACAAGGGCUGGUCCCUGCUGGAGGAGUCCCCAGUGCUGGCCAGCCACAUGGGUCAUCUUCCUGACCUCCUGGGGGAAAAGGCGUUCAGUAGGAGGUGCCCCGGGGAAGGGGCAGUGGCCGCCAGCCCUCCACUUCUGCCUGGCAAGCUCAGCGAAUGUGGCCUUGCUUUUAUGGGCAACCUGUCCGAAGAUGAAUUAGAAAUCAAAAGACUGGUCGCCGAAUUAGAGAGUCAGCUGCAGAGUAAAGGGGUGCCUGAGGCCCCAGAACUGCUGUGCACGGCUGGGCAGGCAAGCAGGACGCACGCGGGCAUAGGGGCUCCUCUGCCCACCCGCCAGGCCGCCUUGCCCCCCAGGGACACCUUCUCCGAGGCCAACCUCACCGGCCUUGGGGAGUUGACUCCAUGCCCAGAAGGGGCAGAAACAGCAGUGGCCACCAGGGAAGGGGGGCCGGGGAGCGCCCAGGAGGAGUGGCCCUCCCCCGACCCAGGAGAAGCAGCCCUUUCCCCCCCUGCACGUGCAGAAGGGGCGUCUGGGGCUCCCAGAACCAUCAGUGGGGCCGACCGCAACUUCCGAGCAGUACAGAGAGCCAGAGUCUCGGAAACAGGGCCCCCGAAGCCCGAAGGGGACUGCGGGGUCCACGCGGAAGUCUCUCUGCCCGGCUCUGGAGAGCUGUUCAAGCCUCCACUGGAUGUGAGGAGCUUAGCCAAAUGCAGCCCAAGCUGUGAGCCAUUACAUCCAAAAAAUAACAGGGCUGGCAAGAUGCACCCAAGCCACGCUCUGCUGCUCCCUCCCUGCUCACAGGCAGGUGGGCCCUGCCAAGAGCCCCCUGAGCGGGAAGCGUUUCGCAACCCACUCACCCAUCUGGCACCCGGCUUGGUGCCUCAGGGGGCCACCCCGUCUUGUGGUGUCAGUCAUAGCGAUGCCCCCAAAGGAUACUCUGUAAGCAGGGCAGGCCAGCCAGAAGGAGCAGGCCUCCCCCAUGCUGGGGCGGGGGGCCCUGGCCUUAAGGGUAAUGAGGAGUCUGUAGCCGUGGGGGCCUCCCCAAGUCCUGCCUGCGUGCCCAACAGCAGUCCUGGCAGGAGGCCCCAGGACCCAGCCACGAGCCCCCUCCGUCAGCUGCAGCUCCUGGUGGCCAGAGCGGCUGGGAAGGAAGAAGACGCCUUGGCCUCACAGGGGCCCCCACCUGCUGGCACCCAGAGCCCUCGGCGCAGUGAGCCCUCAGAUCUGGAAGGGGACAGCGUGGAAGGUGGGAACGUCCCCGCAGCGGCCAGAUGUCAGUUGGGGCCUGAGGCUGAUGGACAUCUGAACUCCCUCGGCCAGGCUGAGAAGCCUGAGGACCGAGACAGAGCCAGCAGACUGCAGCCAGAUAAGUGGGGGAGUCCAGUGGGGCUGGACAACCUCCUCACAGUCAGUGCCGAUGCUGAGACCGCCCUGGCCAGGUUGGCCAGGGAUGCGCACCAGCUAGGGGGACAGCUCCAGGGAAACGGCCUGGUCUUGGGCCUUCAAAAAGAGGCCUGGGCCACCCCAAGCCUUUCCUCGUCUAAUGCAGAAUCUUCGGUACCGGCCUUGGUAGCAGCCCACGUCCAAAAUGGGCCUGAAGCCCGGACUUCAGAGGAGGCGGCCAGCCCAGGCCUUGAGAAGCAGCGGCUGCUCGCUGGAGACAGCCCUGCCCCCCCCAUCAGGGACCUGACCACCUGUGUCCCCUUGCCUGCUUCUGCAGCCACCUCCAUUCCCUCUGGCCUGGAGCCCCUGCCCCAGGAAGACCCUCCUACGGGACCUUCGGGUGGGCUGAGGGGGCUGCUCCCAGCCCCUCCAUCCUGCGGGGAUCCCGCCAGCCCACAGCUCCUCCCAGGCCCUUCUCCUGCCCGGCCCGCUCCGCAAAGGGCUGACGGCACCCCAGCCAGCACAGAUGCUGGGGCUGGACCACCUGCAGCAUCUCCCCCAUCUUUGAGGACAAGCCCCCGUGGCUUCAAGGAAAGCCUGGCUCACCAGCCCCUCCUGGGGAACCACAGCCCCCUGCAGGACCCUCCCUCGGGCCAGCCUGGCUUCAUCAGUGUCUUCACUCCUGCCCAGGGGGAGGACCGCCCUGAAGGCAGCAUGUCAGGACCGCUAGAGAGUUCCAGGAAGGAGAAGCCCAGGAGCUGUCCUGCCUCUGUCGCCCGUUCUCCCCCCGUGAGGCCCACCUCCCCGAGAGGGACCAUGAACGCCCCCGCCCUGCCCGACGUUCUCACCACAGAUGGCAUGGGGGCCGUCAGAGGCCCCGGGGUCAGCCAUCCAGACCGCCACGGUGGGGGAGCCCCACCCCACGCCAGCCCCAGCGGGAUGCCCACAGGCCCCACCUCCCCAGACCCCCCAAGCAACAGGGAAGGCCAGGGUGUCACCACUGUGCCCGCUGAACCUUCCACACGGGGGCCCACGGGGCCAGACUCCUGGGCCUGCCAGGAAGACAAGGCGGGGGCUGGCCGCUCUGGAGCCAUGACAGCCCCUGGAGCUGACACCACAGACCCCGCCCUCACCUGCCCGUCCACGGAGCUCCGCCGGGGCAGAACCACGUCUCCCAGCAGCACAGCCCGGGACUCCAGACCCAGCUCCUCCCAGAGUGUCAGAACUGUUCACCGCACACCCCAGAGGGACCCCCUCAGUCCGCAGGGUACCAGACAGAAGCCUGUGUCCACAGACAUUGCCCCCCGGGAGGACCGGGCCCCCGGCAGGCGGCCCACAACCUGUGAGGUGUGCGCAGCCUCCUUCCGCUCCGGGCCGGGCCUGAGCCGCCACAGAGCCAGGAAGCACGGGCUGCACAAGGGCCCCCCCCGCCCCGCCCGGCCCCCGGCGCCAGGCGUGCCAGCCCCCCAGGAAGGAAAGCCUCAGGGCACCUGGGAAGGAGAAGCCAAGGCAGGCGCAGAGCGCCGGGAACCACACCCCCCAGGCCCGGGUGAGCCGGGAGUGGACAUGAGGCCUGCAGAGCCCAGGAAGCAGGGCCGGCUGGUGAGGGACAAGCGCUGUCCCAAACAGGCAGACAAAAGAGGCGUCCAGCAGCGGGGCCAGGCACCCGAGGACGUCUCCAGCAAGUCAGAGGGGAAGUCGCAGGAGAAGGGCAGAAAUCCCAGAGCAAGAAGGUUCCGGGAGGCGAGGAGUCCUCCAGUCUGUCCAGGUGUGAUUUCAGACAGAAGCCGCUGGGGUCCAUCCACCACAACCGCCAGUCCCCCGGGGCCUCCAGGUGGCCCCCUCUCAGCGCGGGCCCAGCCGGACGCUGACGCCUCCUGGCCCUCGGUGACGGAGAACACAGUGGACACAGACCCAGAGGAGACGCCAGCACAGAGGUCACCCGGGGAUUGGGUGGCCCGUGAGGAGGGGAUGGAGUGGGCGCCUCCUGGGGACGGGCCGGGGGGACAGAAAACAGCCGUGGCCAGGGGGUGCUGGGGUCCCAGGGAGGCUGGAACAUCGGAUGUCUACAAAGAGCUGUCGUGGGCAGCCGGGACUGAGCCUGCAGGGGACCGCAGAGCAGCGGAGAGCGGGUCAGGGCAAGGAGUCAGGGAGGGGCACGGACCCCCCACAAGCCCCCCCGGCCCUCGGGAGACUGGCAGCUGCCCCCUGAGCCCCCUGCACAACCCAGAAGUGCAGGUCGGGGUCCAGGAGCGUGCGGGCACCGCUCCCGAAGCCCACAGCCCGGGUCUCGGGGACCCUCUGAGCGUGUUUGAUGAUGACGCCUCCUUUUCGCAGCUCUUCCCUCUGGGCGACCGCUUGACUCGGAAGAAGAACCCCCGUGUUUACGGCAAGCGCUGUAAAAAGCCGAGGGCCCCGCCCCCGCUGGAACCCCAUAGCGAGAUGGGGGGCAGCAUCGUGCUGGCCUCCACCCGCCUGCCCACAGACCUCAGCGACUCGGGGUCACUCUGCCUCUCCCACGAGGACCCGUGGGGUGACGAGGCCAUAGGUCUGCCAGAGUCCUUCCUGCUGGAGGGCUUCCUGAGCAGCAAGGUGCCCGGCAUUGACCCCUGGGCCCCCAGCCCCAGCCUGUGGGCCCUGGAGGCCGACCCAGAGGUGGACUGUGCAGAGGACGUGCCCCCCCGCCACGCGGAGGACCGCCGGUCAGAGAACAUUCCCGAGCUGCACAUGGUCCCGGCCUCUUGGAGAGACCUGGACCUGCAGGCCCCCGCCGAAGGGAUGGCCUCUUCCCUAGGAGACAAGAGCCCGGAGCCCCCCAACCUGGAGCAAGAAUACGACAGCGGGCUUCCCGGGAGCGCCGUGGCCCUUGAGAUGCUCAGCGCCAAACUGGAGGUGCGAGACCUGUGCUUCCUGGCGCCCUGUGACGACCACGUGGGUGUCCUCAGCACGAGCUCUCUGGACUUCGGGGCCACGGUGGGCCCCCAGGAGCCGCAGAGCCCAAGGCCGGCAGGUGCAGCCGGGGCACGAGGGGCGCCGGGCAGGGAGCGGCACGCCAAGGCCAGGAGGGCACCCUACAAGUGCAAGGUGUGCUUCCAGCGCUUCGGCGGCCUGGGCGAGCUGGACCUCCACAAGCUGGCUCACAGCCCCGCGCCACCUCCCACCUGCUACAUGUGUGUGGAGCGCAGGUUCGGCUCCCGCGAGUUGCUGCGGGAGCACUUGCAGGAGAAGCACGUGCAGAGCAAGGCAGGGCGCUGGGCCUGCGGCAUGUGCCUGAGGGAGGUCGCCGACGUCUGGAUGUACAAUGAGCAUCUGCGGGAGCACGCCCUGCGGUUCGCCCGCAAGGGGCAGGCGCGAAGGUCCCUCGGGGACUGGAAGGGGGGCCAAAGUGUCGCUCGCUUCCUGGGCAGCAUCACGGGACAGGCGUCCAGACCCAGUGGGGGCAAACGCUCGACAGGCAAGUCCAACGGGGGCCCCGCAGAGGCGUCGGGGAGACAGCCAGGGGCCGGGAAGGAAUUCCAGAGGGAGAGGGUGAAACCCCAGGCUCCUGCCCACGACUCGGCAGAUGGGGCUUUGGCCGACAGCAGCCCCACGGCCUGCGGGAACCCCAGUCUUCCCAGCGGCUCCGGCAAGACGUCCCCCAGCCUGUCCCCUGAGCCCUGCUCCGGCAGCGAGCCGCUCCUGCAAGCCCUCCCCGUGCACCAGGGCUGCAAAGACCCGUCCCGGGACUGCCACCACUGCGGAAAGCGGUUCCCCAAACCCUUCAAGCUGCAGCGCCACCUGGCGGUGCACAGCCCUCAGCGCGUCUACCUGUGCCCCCAGUGCCCGCGCGUCUACCCGGAGCACCAGGCGCUGCGCGCGCACCUGGGCGGGGCGCACGGGGUGCGGGGGGAGUUGGAGCUGCCGCACACCCCGCUCUACGCCUGUGAGCUCUGUGCCGACGUCACGCACAUCAGCAAGCGCUCCUUCGUCUGCAGCUCCUGCAACUACACCUUCGCCAAGAAGGAGCAGUUUGACCGCCACAUGGACAAACACCUGAGGGGCGGGCAGCAGCCCUUCACGUUCCGCGGCGUGCGGCGGCCUGGCGCCCCCGGCCAGAAGGCGCCGGCCCGCGAGGGCACCCUGCCCAGCAAACGGCGCAGGGUGGCCGUGCCCGGCGCCAACGGGCCUCUGUCCUGGGGCCGCAGCCACCCCCAGAGCGAGGGGUCACUUGCAGCCCUGCUCCAGCCCUGCCCAGAGGCAGCUCCUGGCACCACCAAGGGGCAGCCCAGGACCCCGGAGAGGCCUGUAGAGCCCGUGGGCCACCCGGUCACAGGGGGUGACGUGCCCUCUGACCUCCAGGAACUGCCGCCCCCAGCUCUGUCUCCUUUCCCGGUGGCCUCCGCUGAUGGCCAAGGUGGCCACAAGCCGGAUGGGGCCCCGGGGAGGUCGGAAGGUGAGGCUUCUCCAGGCAGCCCUGGGCCUCUUCUCCAGCAGGCUCUCCCGCUGGGGGGCUCUGUGCCCCAGCCGGGGGCCAGAGGCCAAGAUGUAGAGGAAAAGAGGGCUACUGGCCCAUUCUCAGGGAAACGCAGGACCCCGAGUGCCCCUGACCAUUGCCUGGAAGCCCCCUCCCUGCUCCAGAAGGAGAAGCAGCUGUCCACAGGCCACACGGUGCCUGAGGGGGGCACAGGGGGGCCCUCCCACAAGGGCAGUGCCGUCAAGCCUUGGGGCUGCCGGAGUUCAUCAAAGGACAGGUCAGCCUUGCCCACCCCCAGCAAAGCUCCCAGGUUCCCGGUGCAACCGAAGAAGGUCGCGGCCAGUCCGACACCCAGAGAGCUAGCCCAUGGCACUGAGGACAGGCCAAAGUCCACCACCCUCAAAGCCAAGCCGAGCCCCAACUCCCAGGGUGGUGGAGGCCCACGGCACAGCACCAAGACAGCAGGGGGCAGCCAGCCCCAGCCAGCCAGCGGGCAGCUCCAGAGUGAGACAGCCACCACCCCAGCCAAGCCCAACUGCCCAGGCCAGGGCCCCGCCUCAGACAAGCACCCUCCUCGAGCCAAGGGCUCUCCCAAGGGGCCAAGGGAAGCUGGUGACCAGGGGCCCCGAGGGAGCCCGGGCACCAGGGCGGACGGGGAGGUCAGCGAGAAGAAAAGGAAGGGCCGGGCCCCGGGGCCAAGCAGGAGUGAGAGUGUGGGGAGCUUGGGGAGAGCCCGCUUGGUCCCUGAAAAGCCGCCCCGGGCCCCCCGAAAGCAGGCGACACCCAGCCGUGUGCUCCCCACCAAGGCCAGGCCCAGUAGCCAGAACAGCACGGUACCACCCCAGCCCUCGGAGCAAGGGCAGGCGGGCCCCAGACACACCCUCGGGGACUGCAGACGCAGCAAGGAGGGGCAGGGCAAGGCCUGCCCCCAGGGGAGGCCCCUGCACAGACCCCCCAAGAGGGACAGAGCUGUCCAUGGUGCUGAACCUGCCGACCCCCGUGCCUGCAGGACCGCCGCGUCCCAGAACGACCUCCUCAGCCAGCUCUUUGGGCAGCGACUGACCAGCUUCAAGAUCCCGUUAAAGAAGGACCCCCCCGAGUAA